CCCACGGUUGCCUACUUGAGCUGCAUGGAAACACUACAGAACUGCAUUAGUGUCCAAGAGCGUUAUUGGAAAAGUUUAGCCUUUGGCAAACGGUUACCCCAGGUGGCGGGCGAGAACAACAAUGAGGAUUUUCUUUCUGUUACUUUACAAAAUUUAGAUAUUACAAGGGAUGAUGUACAGGGUGCUGCUGGUGGUUCCGGCGACGCCCAAUCGAAUAUAUCUUUAGAGGCAAGUGGCAGUAAACCGAAGGUAAAAGUCAAAACUCUAACCGAAUUUCUCACAGAGCACAUGCAGGCAUUUGAAAAUAAUGAAAUGUUUGCUGUUGUGCCUUUAAAGAAUUGUCCUCAUUUAUCACAGCUGCAUCCAGAGGAUGCGCCAAAAUCAAUAAAUACAAAUCAACCAUGCAAUGAAUGUUCCUCGGUGGCUGAAAACUGGAUGUGUCUCAGUUGCCACAAAGUGUUGUGCGGCCGUUAUGUUAUGGAACAUAUGAUGUUCCACAAUAUUGAAACAUCCCAUCCGAUGGCUUUGAGCUUUAGUGAUUUAUCCGUUUGGUGUUAUCCCUGCGAAUCGUAUAUUGACAAUAGAAAAUUGCAUGUCUACAAAAAUCUAGCACAUUUACACAAAUUUGGCGAAGAAAUGCAAUGGGCGUAUGACGAAGAUGGCCAGCAACAACAUAACAGACGCAACAACGAUGACAGUGACGACGAUGAUGAUGACGACAGCAGUAGUUGUAGUCGACCAUUUGGCUCACAACAAAACUAUUACCUGCAGUUGAAUGUGGAUUCGAAUAACUGA